AUGCGUCCUCUAACAGCAAGACGUACCAUAAGAGCUCUCAAGCGAGCCCUCCGCCACAGCGUCAACGCCCACCGCGCAUGCCGAGCACGCUUCACCCGACCUGUGGUAGCGAGUAGCAGUAACAGCAUAUCCCGGCCAGCAGCCUCAGCGGUUCAGGAACGAAUGCAGAAUGUUCCCGGCCUCCUUCUCAAUCUCCUUAAGAAAUUUCUAGAACUCAAUCAGUACAUCGCGCCCGUUUACGACUUGCGGGAUAUCGGACCCGUAGGACUUACCUCCUCGUAUGUCAUCAUUUCCUCUACGACGUCCUUGCUCGCUUUAUCUAGAUCCGUGCCGAAUUUAGCCAGAGCUUCCACGUGGGAGGCUGAGGCGGAUGGCGAUAUUCCGCUUACUACGCUGGCCCCGCUCAGACGUGUCUCGUCUGCGGCGCCGUCCGAUCCCUUUCGUGACAGCAUCUCUUCGCCGAGGUCCUCGACUUCGGCCUGA